UAUUAAUGGAGCAAAAAGGCAAUAACCACCUGCCCAAUAUAAUCCAGGGCGCUUAUGGAAGAGCUGCCAAAAGAGUAAUAGAAAAAGAGAAAGAAACAUUAAUAACACAAGCUGCGAAUCCCAGCCUUGACCCUCAAAGAAAAAGGGCGAAACGCCUGCUUUGGGAUAACCUCAAUCGACAAAAGAGAAUUGAGCAAAAAGAUGCUGAACGCAGAAUUAAGCUGUUAGACGAAGAAAACAACAAGCUGCUUCAGCUUAAAUAAGGAAAAAGAGGUGUUUUAUAAUAAAUAUCUCAAGAAAGAACAAUUUUCAGACCUUCCUGAGCGCAAACCCGAGAUGAACGAUACUAUUAGCACUAUAUCUCAGGAAGAAAUAGAUACAAAGUUUCGGAAUUACCAAAAGAAAGAAGUACGUAGUAGCCUCACCCUCGAAUCUGAGGAUAAUCAAAAGCCAAAAAGAGUCAUAACAAGAGAGACCAGAAUUCCAGUCCCAAGCUUCGCCAAGAACAACCAUCGAUUACGCAAGAAGUGGAAUAGACCUCAAGAGCAACAGGAGCAUAAAAUCAAAAUAGAUGCUCUUAACCUAGAAAUGUCUGAAACGUUUAAACAAGGCAAGCUUAAAGAGGCCUUAAAACAGAAAGAAGAAGAUGUAGUCAUCCCAAAGGGCAAACUCCUCGACUCUCUUGACCUUAACACUGGUCUAAGAGUUAUCGAGAAGAAAAAGGAAACUUUAAAGAUGCCAGCUAUCUCAAAACGGAAGCCUAUGAACUAUAUUCCUCCUAAAAAAGUAGCCAACAAUGAGCUCCGAGACAGCCUUGAAGAGAUAGAUUUCUCAGAGAAGCCCAAGGAGGAACCACCAAAACUAAAGAAAGAGCCCAGCUACGAUUCUGACUUUGAACGGGAUGAAAAUGAUAACACUGAUUGGCUCAGACAAAGCAUGAGGGAAAGUAUGGCAAAAUGGAGUAAAGAAGUCUCCCUAAUGAACAAAGAAAUUCAAGAUCUUGGUGAACGCAUCAACCUUAACAAGAAAGGAAAUCUUCAACAUAAAGAGAAAAAGCCCAAGAAGAAAAUAGAAUUUAAUGAUGAAGUAGAAGUUGCUAAGGUAGACUUCUGAGAAUCACCAAAAAUGAUCAAGAGAGGAAAGAGAGUACUAAAUAAGUCAAAGAGUCCGAUUAAUAAUAACAGAGUGACCAAACCAGUCCAGAAGAAGUCUCAAUCCCGAUCUAGGUCGAAAAAUAGAGAUUUUAAGCCAUUCGAGCCAAAGCAGAUUCCUCUUGAUGAAUACUACAAACUUCUUGAAGAAAGAACUAAAGAGAAUGAACCAACUGAGACUCCUGAAAUAGCUAAGAACACUAAAUAUAACUGGGAGCAAGUAAAGGAGAAAUUUCAAGAGGAAAAGGAAGAUUUUUGGAAUGAAAAUCAACCGAAUAAGCACAAAGAGUCUCUUAAGAACAACUUCAUGGACCAGAAUGAAGAUAGCCUGUUCUCAAAAUUUAAAGAACAUAAGAAGAAAGAUCCUAAAUUUGAGAAAUUAAAGGCUAAAGAACAGAAAAUCUCAAGGCAGCAAGAACUUCAAAGAGCUCGAGAGGCUAAAAAGAAGCUUAAAGUCGGUGAAGCAACAGAUAUUCAGGAAGAACGCAAACAAGCAAAGCUUAAGAAAGCCAAAAUGGAUGAAAUCAAGAAGAAAUAUACUAACAUUAGUAGAUCUAGAAGCCGUCACCGGUCAAAAUCUAAUGGUCCUAAGUCAUGCAUCACAAAGCUUGGUCAGAAUCGAUCGGAAAUCCAGGUCAAGCCUAAAAUCCCAACUGGCCAGAGGCAAAGAAAAAUCAAGGAUACUCAAACUGAAAUAACUCGGGGAAGGCUCCGUCCUAACAAAUUCCGUAAAAUAUCCCCAGAUGACACUACGAAGUGCACUAGAGAUGAUGAUAUAAACGUUGGACAGUUCCUCUGGGAUGAUCUAGCAUAUCUGAACCAAGAAGAGGCUAAACUACAGCAACAAAUCUUAGAUGAUCAUAAAAAUACCAUCAUGCAAGUAAAAGCUGUAGAGAAAAAACACAAUAUUGAUACUGGAAUCACUAGUACUAGACAGAUAGUGAAACAGCUAAACUCCUUAGACCCUUACGAGACCAUGAAGAAGUUUCAAUACAAGAAAGAGGAUGAAGAACAGAUAGAAGAAAGCCUAGAAAACCUCAACAUUCUUCUCGCCCAAAAAGGAAAAGAUCAAAAAGAAAAGAAGAAAGUGUAUAAAAAGAUGGCUGAUAAGAUGAACAUUCGGCUAGAUUCCACUUCUCCUGUCCGUUCUGUCCCAGUGGCCUCUCAGCAUCACCAAAAUCCUGCUAAUCCCUUCUCAUACGCUCCUGAGCCAUACCAGCCCACUGAAAUUCCCAGUUUCAAACCUCGUAGUGUUCUUCCUUCGACCACAGGGAUUUCCCAAGUGACUGAUCCCAAGUCUGCGAUCACUGCUCUUCCUUCUAAGGGGGCAGGCAAGCCCUUGCUGGGCGCUGCUCCACAGGCUAAAAUCGGGUCGUACCUGAAUGCACACAAUUUAGCAGCGAUUGACCAGACCAAGAAGGAGGCAGAGCUUGAAGAGACUUAUAGCUCAGAUGGAUUCGAGGACUAUAAUGAAGUUUGUGAGGAGAUUGGCAAAGAGAAGAAGCAAGGAGGCAAGUUUAGGAAACAUGCACGGGGUAUCCCAUCUAAAGGACCCAAGCAGACCUCUGGGACUGCUCAAGUUCAAGAAGGGCUGUGCGAAGACUAUGAAGAGGAUUUCGAAGAACCAGAAGUCAAAGAACGAGUCUUUGUGAACCCGAAAUUUAAGAUUAUGGAUUAAUAUUUGAAACACA